GGAAGAGAGGAACCAAACCCAAGUUCUGAGGCAGCAGCAGGAUGAGGCAUAUCUGGCAUCCUUGCGUGCGGACCAGGAAAAGGAGCGCAAAAAGAAGGAGGAACGGGAGAGGAAGAAGAAGAAGGAGGAGGAAGUGCAGCAGCAAAAACUGGCAGAGGAGAAACGGAGACAGACGCUGCAGGAGGAGAAGGAGCGGAAGUCCGAAUGCCUUCCUCCCGAGCCCCAUCCCGAUGACCCAGAGAGCGUUAAGAUCAUUUUCAAGCUGCCUAAUGAUUCCAGAGUGGAGCGGCGAUUCCACUUCACACAGUCAUUGACGGUGAUCCACGACUUCUUGUUCUCCUUGAAAGAAAGCCCUGAAAAGUUCCAGAUCGAGGCCAACUUCCCUCGCCGUGUCCUGCCCUGCCUCCCUACAGAGGAGUGGCCCAACCCACCCACGCUGCAGGAGGCCGGACUCAGCCACACGGAAGUCCUCUUUGUGCAGGACCUCACGGACGAUUGACACUUUUCCAGAAGACACAAAAUGGAAAGAGAAAUUCAUAUUAUUAUUAUAAUACAAUAUUUUUUUUAAAAGACUGCGUACAACCAAGGGAUCAGAGACCACAUCGCCUGUGCCAGCUGUGCUGUGUGUGUGCACUGGCGAGAGGAGGUGUGUGCACGUCCUCACACACCCAUGUACACAGCCAUCCCCUACACUUGGAGGGCAGAGAGGGAGGGGAGCUGGUGUUGCCCCUCCGCCCUCUCUGGGGAGGAACAGGAAUGGCAGCUCUCAGUAAUUAUUGCUUUUAUUGACAACAAUAACAAUAAAACCCCAACAACCUGACAUCUUGUGAAGAUUUGAUACUCUGCUGCUCCUGACAGCCAGAAGACUGGGCACCUGAACGUGCUGGGAGUGGGGUGGGAGGGAAGGGCUGGACAGAAUCUCUUCAGCUUCCCUCUGUGUAUAAAUAUCUUUCUUUUAAUAUUUCUCUUGCUUUGUAAUGACCAAAGGAGAAUGGGGUUGACUAUAGUAUUAACUUUUUGAUAAAGAGCUGGUUCAAUUCUUUACCCGUGUGGGGUCUUGCCCAGGGUUCUUAGCCUGCGUAGUGUAAUAAACUCUGCCUCUAGCA